UCCCGCCACUCAAGCCAAGGAGGGGACAGUGAGCGCAGGACUCAAAGGAAGCACCUGGCUGGUCCUGGCCAGGAAGCCUAGGGAUGAUCACCGAGGUGCAGCCUGCCAUAUUCGCCAACGUGCUGGGCGUGUCUCUCUCCUUGCUUGUCAUUCUCUAUCACUACGUGACCCUCAACAAUCCCAAGAAACAGGAAUGAAAGUGGUACUUUCUCCACCCCAGGGUUCCAGGACAUAGUCUGAGGCCAGAUGGAGGGUGUGAGGGGCCCUUCACACUUCACUUCAUCCCUUCUGCCCAUCACAACAUACAAAGCAACUACACCUGGAAUUUUCCAAACAAGUUUUAUUUCCUCAGUCUUCUUAACCUUAUGGAACAAGAAGCUGCCACUGAAUAGAGUCCAGUAUGGGGGCUACUUUCUUUUC